GAUCGAGAAAAAGCGAGGAAGCUUCAUGAAAAAGUGAACUUACCAUUUUUUGAAGUGUAUGUCGAUACACCAUUAGAAAAGUGUGAAGCAAGAGAUGUCAAGGGUCUAUACAAGAAGGCUAGAGCUGGAAUCAUUAAAGGUUUUACCGGUAUCGAUGCAGUGUAUCAACCCCCAGAAAAGCCAGAACUUGAUCUGAGAGCAGGGGAUUUAACAGUCGAUGAAUGUUUAGAGCAAUUGGUAGAAAUGCUCACCAAAAAGAAUAUAUUACCAGAUUCUAUCGCCAAUGGAGUCAAAGAACUUUUCGUAGCACCUAAUAAAGUAGAACAAGCGAAACAAGAGGCCUCUUCACUACCAAAGUUGUCUAUUACCAAGCUCGAUCUACAGUGGGUGCAAGUGUUAGCAGAAGGCUGGGCCACACCCUUGUCUGGGUUCAUGAGAGAAGAAGAUUUCCUUCAAUGUCAGCACUUUGAUGCCUUGCUUAAAGCUUCUGUAUCAAAUCAGUCUAUUCCUAUAGUACUACCUCUUUCCACUGAAGAUAAGCAAAGACUAGAAGGUUGUUCUGCUUAUACCCUUACAUACGAGGGUAAAGACAUAGCCAUAGUAAGAAAACCUGACUUCUACGAGCAUCGAAAAGAAGAAAGGUCUGCUAGACAAUGGGGUACAUCCAGCAGUAAACACCCUUACAUCAAGAUGGUCAUGGAGUCAGGUGAUUGGUUGUCUGGUGGUGACCUAGAGGUCUUUGAGAGAAUACGCUGGAAUGAUGGACUAGAUGAGUACCGCUUGACACCCAAGGAGUUGAGAGCUGAGUUCAAACGAAGAGGUUCUGAUGCUGUGUUUGCGUUUCAACUUAGAAACCCUAUACAUAAUGGACAUGCUCUACUCAUGCAGGACACUCACAUGAAGCUGUUAAAUCGAGGCUUCAAGAAGCCAGUCCUGUUGCUUCAUCCCCUUGGUGGGUGGACGAAGGAUGACGAUGUACCUCUAGCGAUACGAAUAAGACAACAUCACGCUGUUUUACAAGAGAAAGUUUUAGAUCCUGAAAACACCGUACUAGCUAUUUUUCCUUCACCGAUGAUGUAUGCUGGCCCUACUGAGGUACAGUGGCACGCCAAGGCCCGGGUGGCAGCAGGGGUUAAUUUUUAUAUCGUAGGGCGGGACCCUGCAGGAAUGCCCCACCCAGAGCAUCCUGAUCAAAACCUUUAUCAUCCAAGUCACGGCAGAAAGGUACUCACAAUGGCCCCAGGCCUCACUCAACUCGAGAUAGUACCAUUCCGUGUAGCAGCGUACAACACGCGCAAACACAAGAUGGAUUUCUUUGAUCCCGAACACAAGGAAGACUUUGAUUUUAUAUCUGGUACGCGCAUGCGUGGUUUAGCUCGUGCGGGAGAAGACCCUCCUGAUGGCUUUAUGGCUCCCAUGGCUUGGAAGAUUUUGUCAGAAUAUUAUCAAUCCAUACGCAAUUAACGUUAAUCUAAUGUUAAUGAAAUGCAUACAGUCAAUUCAAAAAACGUUGUCGUCGACCAACCUAAGCCUACGCGACUGGACCGAAAGGAACUCUGGGUAGCAAUCAUUGAAGCCGAGUUGACUCCAUAAUUUUAUCUGACUAGUU